AUGAAUCUUGACGGAAAGUUCGUUAAAAUGAAUCUUGAAGAUCAUGGGAUGGGUCAUUUUAGUAUUCCUGAUGAUACUCCCCGAGACCGACCUUGGAGGAGGGUGAGGCAAAGAGGAAGGGGACCCGAAGGAGAUGACCCGCCAAUGGUACUGACCGGGGAGGAGUUGCCCAUGGACCCUUAUAGUGUUGCGCAAAGAAGAUUUGAAGACAAUUUGGCAAGGAGUGCCAACUACACCAAUAUGAGUCUGGAUCAUCUUAUGGCGCAAAUACAUGUCACACGAGCCACUCAUUUUGGAGAGUCAUACCCUUAG